GAUAACCUCUGGCCAAACAAAUAGUUUGAGUUUGAGUUGGAGACAUCGUGAGAGCGUUCGUGAUGUAAUAUGCUAAACCACCUAUUCUGAGGAUGAACUGAGAGUCACUAAACACUGAGGCCUAUUUAUGUUAGCUUUUAGUUGAGUAACGAAGAUUUUCAGGUCAACAGUAGCGAGCGAUUUGUGAAACAUAGCAACAUGAACAUGCAAGCUAGACAUUCGAGGAAAGACAGCGAUGACUUAUCAAAGCUCCUCGUUGGGCAUGAUGACGCGAAUCUAGAAUUUGGUGGAGGCCAAUCCCAGAUGGACCCUUCUUUAACAGAGCCGUCCUUGUCUUAUCGUCAACCGAAGGCUUCAUUCACGUCGUUUCGAGCGUUCCUCUCUCGUUGUAACAGUAAAACUUACUGUAUUGACAAUUUUUUACUCCGGGUUACGAGGGUCUAUGUUCAUCCAGCUGUUUCUUCGUUGGUUUUGUUCUUCGCAAUUUUAAUUCCCGUCGUUUUGGCGCUCGUUGUGGUUAUUCCUGAUUGCAAUAACGGUGAUUGUUUGGUUAUAGACAAAUCUAUAGAGUCAUUUGAAAUCCCGGGACAUAUAAGUUCUGAACGAAAUGACAUGGUUGAGGUUGCUGGAAGCCAUUCCCAUACGCAGAAGAAGCUUCCUAAUUUGAGACGUAAAAGAUUUGCGAGGGCUCUAGACGAAAAACCGACAGAAAAGACUUCUUAUCAAACAAAACCGAGAUGGAGGUUGGAGUUAGUCUAUCUUGCCAUAGGGGACGACGACCUGAACAUGUUCACUAAAGAAAGACUCGAAACCGUCCAUGCAAUAGACCAGAGUCUUAUGUCGCAGCAGGGAUUCAACGACUACUGCUGGAAAUGGAAAGAAGCAAGAGCUGACCCUUUUCUAGAUGAUCACUGUGUCCCUCCAAUUUCUCUUAUAAAUUUCUUUUAUCCCUCGCGAUCUGAGUUUCUCAAAAAAGAAAUAUUCGACGGACAGGGAAGGAACGAAGAUGGUACUGUAAUCAAGAACCUUACAGAAACCAGCAUUCAGAACACCUUAAAGCUUCUGCUUACAAAAACAUUUACGUAUUGGUUUGUCGACGACUCUUUUUCGAAGGAUAACUUGAAGAGUCGAUUCUUACGAGCAGAAAUGAAAUUUGGUUCUCCUCUGAAGCCGGAUGGCACCAACCGUAAAGAAAGAGAUCGGUACGAGAAUUUUUUGAAGAGCUACAUUGAAGCAAUGAAAAAGAUGUCAACAGACAAAGUGAGAUUGCUCUAUGGUGGAACAGAUGUCUUUGACUAUGAAGUGAAUAAGACACUAUGGGCAGACAUCAAGUUAGCAGUGUUCACCAUUGCUUUUGUUGGAAUUUUUGUGCUCAUUUUCACGCGACUUUCCCUCUUUUUAACUUUUUUCGGAAUUAUCAGUAUUGUAACUCCUCUUUUCGUGGCUUAUUUCUUUUUCCGUCAUGUGUUUCAAGUCCCAAGUCUUGGCAUUCUUAGUGGCAUUUCAGCAUUCAUCAUUAUCGGUAUUGGAGUGGAUGAUGUCUUUGUCUUUGUCAAUACUUUCUGUCAAGCACACAGUGCAAGAAGUUUGGAAUCACGCAUGCUGCAUACCAUAUGUACAGCAGGCAAAGCAACCUUCUUCACAUCAUUUACCACAGCAAUGGCUUUUUUCGCCAACUGCUUUUCCAAGAUGCCAGCCAUCCGUGAUUUUGGCUUGUUUAUGGGGCUGAUAGUGGGCAGCUGCUGGUUUACAGUGUUUUUUACCAUUCCCCCAGCUCUCACCCUUUGGCAUCGUUACAUUUCAAAAUGGGAAGUAUUGAUAUAUAAAAUGAUUUUCGGGAAGAUGAAUUGUGCCUUGGUGAGUGGACGUUCUGAUUUGCCAGGUGACAUUCAGCAGUUUCUGUCGGGAAAUGAGAGGAGUUAUUCUCAGCAAGCUUCAUCAUCAUCAGCAUCGCAAGUGAUGGAACUUGCUGAUAGAUCACUCUCUCAGGAGGACGACACCUCGCUGAUCAACUUAGACAGUAGUUCUCCUAACUCACAAAGCCCAUCUCCUAGUUCAAGUGACACUGACUUGACCAUGUUUGAUGAUCCCAAUGGUACGUUUGAUCAACAAGCACCCCUAGUGCACAGGAGGUCUUUCCAAUCAAGACAAGGGCUGCCUAAUCAAAGUCACAGUAGCAGUUGCUGUCGUUGCCGAUGUGGGCUACAGUCAUUUCUGUAUUACUGGCUUGCUGUUCCAAUACAAAAGUGCCGUUAUAUUGUUCUAGUUCUUUUUAUUUUAAUCCUGGGUGUGUCCAUUGGUUUUGACUCACAAAUCCGACCGUCUACCAAGCCACCAGCGUUCUUCAAGGAAAGCACCAAUUUGCAACAACUUAUAGAGCUGAAGUAUAAUAUGAGCAGUGAAUCAUUAGACACAAAUGACAUUGCUGCCGAUCAGCUUGUGAAUGAAUUUCAACGGUCAAACGACAUCGAUAACCCUACACCAACCACAAAAAAGCUCAUGAUGACAACUCAGAGUAAUUCACCAAUAUCUGAAUCAACCCCAGCACUUAAGACUCCAGACACUUCAGGAGACAAAAAAAAGGGAGAUGGUAUAGUCAAGCCUCCAAAUUCCAAGACAACUCCUAUACCAAAAGGGAAGAUGUUGAAACCAACAACAGCAAGUUUGCAGAAAAAAACUAGCUCUAGCUCUCCAACCAAAAAACCUACAGUUCGUAGUACAAAAAAACCAAACAAACCCCUGACCAAAAAGACAGAGCAAAUAAAAUUGAUGUCAUAUUUUUCAAACACAUCAGGUGGUUCUGGGAAUGACAUUCAUUCACCAACUGCUAUUGGCACACCAAUCACACCCCCACUGUGUCCUGGAGGGUGCAAACCAGUCCCGAAACCCAUUGUGGCUUCAUCAGCGGUCAUUUUUGUGAUCCUUGGCUUGAGUAAGAUUGAUCGUAGCAUGAUCAGGCGAGAGCAUGUUAUUGAAAAGAAGGGGGAAGUUAUUCCAGACUUUAGUUUCACAAAGUUGGUUUCAGAAAGAUCCAAAUUUGUCAGCGCUGCGUGCCGCCUGUGCAAAAUGAUAAGCAACAAUCAUGAGCUUGUUAGAGAAGGAGGAGCAGAUUGCUUCCCCAGCUGGAUGUGGGAUUUCUUCCUGGAUGAUAUCAGCAUUAAUGGUCAUUCAUCUGUUUUUUACAAAGACUGUUUUAACUUAACUAAACCAACUUUUAGCUCAGGGUCUUCUCAGGCAAAGAUGUACUAUAUGGAUAUUAAGAAUCCUUAUGGAAAUAAGACAUACUGGAUGAAAAUGGCUUUUGAAUCGAAAAUUUUCAAAGGCAAGUCAUCGCAUGAAAAAGUUGAAGAUUUUGAGAAAUGGGACAGCUUUUUGAAAGACAUUAUCAGUUCUCCAUCAUUUCCUGAGGGAUUCAAGUCAAUUUUCCAAACAAAUCAAGAAUGGGUGAAUGUGUUCAUUGAAGUUGUGGCUGUCAACAGUGCAAUCUAUGGCACAGUGUUUUCACUUAUGUUAUGUGUUUUCUCUGUGGCUGUGUUCACAGCCAACGCUUGUUUGACCUUUAUUGUAAUGGUCACCAUAGUAGGUGUCCUGACCACAGUUGUGGGAAUUUUUUACCUGCUUUCAUGGCAUCUUGGAGCAGUGGAAGCAAUUUCUUUAUCUAUUUUGGUUGGCACAUCGGUUGAUUAUUGCGUUCAUUUGGUAGAGGGUUACAUUAUGGCUGGAAACUGUAUACCACAGAAUCUCAGCUCUUCUAAGGAAAUACGUGGCUGGAGAACACGAGCUGCUGUGUCGCAUAUUGGCACUGCCAUCCUCAGCUCUGCCAUUACAACAGUGGUGGCAUCAAUACCUCUGUGCAUGACAGUGAUUCAGCUCUUUGCCAAGUUUGGCCAGAUUUUAGCCAUCAACACUGCUGUAUCAAUUUUCUUUACCCUCACAAUAUGUGUAGCUUUGUUGUGUAUUAUGGCUCCGGUGAAAUUCCGAGCCUCCCUCAUAACUUCAGCUAAAGCUCUUGUUGUAGUAGUUGUCGUAUGUGGUCUUGGUACCCUGGUGUUGUACUCAGUUACGUUGAAGGUCAACAUCCCUGGGCCAUCAGGAGAACCUAUACACUUCUGACAACAUCCUCAAAAAUUAACAAACAGUGUCUGAGCCUCUUAGCUUGUAAACAUAGUCUAGUUCAGUUAAGUGCUAAUAGAAUUGGGUUUUAAAAUAGGUAUGAUUAAAAGGCUUGUAGAACUGAAUUAGUCAUUUUUGCAAUUUUGCAAAUUAAAAGGAACUUGUUAUAGACAUGCAGCUAAUUUUGAAAGAUGAUGUUUUUGUGCCUAUUAGAUGCAAUUUUACUGUUGUGUUAAACUAAAUUAAAAAUGUUAUUACUUUGUACAGAAAAAAACAGUGGUCUGGAUUUUUUUCAAAAACAUAACAAUACAAAACUGCAAAAUAGAAAUUCUCUAAUAUUAAGCUAUUUUUUAUCUAAUUGAGCACCUACAAAAAGAGACAAACUUUUUAGGCAUUCUGGCAAAGAGCUCUCAAUAAGUAAGAACAUGUGUAGAAUUGUACUGAAUUAAAGCAGCACUUUGAAAAUUAUUUGUAAAACCACUUGUGCACAUACAGUUGGACUCCAGGCUAUUUUGUGUAAUGGGAAAUCUUUCCUAAAGGAAGGGUUUUGUUUCACAGACAUUUGGCUCUGAAAUUCUUAUGUUCUAAUAUGAAUUGCACAAAGCAAGUUGCGUCCAGAGCUAUUGUAAAGAUUUAGUGAUAGGUAAGUUUUGUAAGUAAUUAAGUAUUGUUACUUGUUUUUAAAGUAAGGGAACUGUGUUGUGUUGUUAAAUGUAUGAGGUAUCUUUCAAAUGUAAAUUAAGUUAAAAAAUGAUUUAAGGAUUAAAAUUUAAUUAUAAUGAUAUAUUAAGGGUUAGAAAUUUUAUGUGCAACAUCAUACCUAAUUCUGAAUAACUCUUGGAGUUGGUGAUUGCUUGAAAGAAAUGCAGAUGGAUUUGGUUAAUGUACAAGGUGUUUUUUUCCUUUUUGCUUUUUGUUCCUUGAAUGCAUCUAAGUUAAGCUUAAAAGUCUACUAAUGUCUUCAAACUUAAACGCAUGACUUCUUCCCUGUACUUCCAUGCUUAUACAAUCUGUAAAUAGUAUUGUGUUAGUUAGAAUCAUUUUACCUUCAAUUUUGUGUCAAUUAUGUGUCAAUUUUGUACUGGCCUCCAUUUAAAGUUUUCAUAAUUUUUUUUACAUUGACCAGCAUUUGGUACUCACUCAGUGUCAAGAUUGUAACACUUAGCUGUUGAUUUGUUAUGGUAGCUCUGACUGAGUGGAGUACAAUUCAGGUAAUAAUUGGGCAAGUGAUAUCAAAUUUGGCCAGCUUCAUAGUGUGGGGUUGAUUUGAAAUUACAAGCACAAUUAUUUCUAAAUUGUGUGACACAAAGUGCGAUUAGUGAUUAAUUGUGUCAAUGACAAAAUGUGAGAAACUUGGUAAUGAAAAAUUUAAUCUAAUGCCAAAAAUGCUCAUCAGAAUCAGAGGAAUACAUAUUCGAAUGGUAGUCAUUGGAUCAUUUUUGUUUUGUUCAUGUGUGUUUUCAAUGUGAAUCUGUCAACCUGUUUACUUUUGAAGUUUUCCUCAUUUGAUGGGCUAGCCUUGGCUAGGUUAUGUAUUUUUUUUUUAAUGGUUAAUGGCUGAAAGUGCAUAAUUUUCUUUGACUCAGCCUGUCUAACUACAAGUGUUUGUAAUUAGACAGGUGAAAUUUGACUUGAAACAGCCUAUUAGGUCAUAAAUAAAGGCUGUUAAGAACCACUCACAUUCAAGCAUUUUGUUUUUGACACAACUUGAUAAUUUGGUUUAAAACUGUAUGGGAAGUGUCCCCACUGUCAGUGGUACCAAUUUUAGAUUCCCUGUGGUUAUCAAGUUAAGAAUAUUUAAAUGCAAGAAUCUGUGCAAACUUAUAGUUUCCAGUUAUGAUUAUCAUGGUAACCUUUCUUUUUUCUCUUUUUUAAUUGAAAAACAAUGUCAUGUGGAAAGACAUCAAAGUACAACUCCACUGUUUGGACUGUUAGAAUUAGUCUGUCAUUUUAUAUAUUUUUUUUAAAUGCUAAGGAUUUCUCAGCAAGCAUUACUCAAAUUAAAAGUGCAUAUACAGCUCA